GCGGGAAUUUUUAAUUACAUUUAGCCCUCGCGUCAACCUCCAUCUCGCAAAUGUGCAGAAAACAAAAGCUUAUCUCCAGAGACCGUAAUAAAAGAGCUCCACUCACUCAUUACUCAAGUAAUCAGUAAAAACUCUCAACUCCCUGUAAAUUCCAUUUUAUCAAAUGCUGAUGCCACUCCAGACAAUCUAAUCUCACGAGCGAGGGACUAAGGUCAAAAUGGCAGAAUUAUGUCGCCAAAGUAAACCGAAAUUCCUUGAAGGUGAAACACGUAGAUCGUAAUGUAUUAGCAAAGUAAACAAAGCGGCAAGCCUCUGUCUUAUUCGGCAGAAUACGCUAUUUGUCACUCAGUAUCGACUUACGAAAAUAACUCUGGACUCGAUGAACCUACAGGUGGUUUUGUUUCAUCGUUUCAAGUGUUAUUACUUGAUAGAGUUAUUUUUGUAGUAGGUAGCAUACCAACGCUACAGGUAACAUUAUGGUGCUCGGAGAGGUGAGCUUAUAAUUUUUUCAACACGCGAUAAACGUGGGAGAAAGUAUUAAAAAUAAUGUACCAGGGUCGCUGGUUGAAUGAAAAAGUUUCUCGCGAAAUAUGUGCCUUGGGAGGCAUCCCAUUAACGCUUGAAAGACUUUCAAGGUUUAUGCUCUGUUGGAUUUUAUAUGAACCGCUUUCAUUUAGAUAUGAUGACUGAUGGCUGCCAAUAUGUUUUACCAUGUUGAAUAUUCACGAUGUGAGCGCUGAAACACGAAAUUGUUAUUGGCACCAAGCCGGAUAACAAUAAUCUAAUUUAUUAAGUUCUUAAAGCGCGAAAACAAAUAUAACCUUCCGUCGAAUCAAAGAAUUAUAGGUAUACCAUCUGUUAGCUAACAAUAGACGUCGACCUUGAAGGCUUUUACGGAGGAGUUUUCCCUCGAAAGGGUAGGAAAUAAUUACGUUCGAGUCAGUAACCCGGGCGUGCGUUAUUGAUGGGCUCGCGCGGCGGCGCCGAGACGCGCGGUAAGUGGGUCAGGGAGGAGCGAGGGACGCGCAGUCGCUCCGACACUGCGCCCUCAACCCUCAGCCAUGGCGGACGCGCCGCCCGAAGUUCUCGAGCUCAACGUGGGCGGCGUGCACUACGCCACGACGCGCGACACGCUGCUCCGCGAACCCGACUCGCUGCCCGCUGCCGCGCUGCAAGAUCCCGACCACCCGCGCGAUGCCCGCGGACGCAUUUUCUUCGAUCGCGAUGGGGUUCUCUUCCGUUAUGUUUUGGAUUAUCUCCGAGACGGCGGCCUCGUUCUCCCAGAGUGCUUCAGAGAACAUAAACGUCUUGCUCGUGAAGCUAAACACUACAGAUUGCCAGGGCUAGAAACCGCAGUCCGGGAUGCAGACCCGCGUCCCCCAAAUCGCGAGAAAGGCUGCAUCACCGUCGGCUACCGAGGCAGCUUCGCAUUUGGUCGCGACGGCCUGGCCGAUGUUAAGUUCCGCAAGUUGUCACGUAUCCUCGUCUGUGGAAAGGUGAAUCUGUGUCGUGAUGUGUUUGGAGAAACCCUGAACGAGUCUCGAGAUCCAGACCACGGUCUUGCUGACAGGUACACAUCACGAUUCUUCUUAAAGCACUCGUUCAUUGAGCAAGCUUUCGACAUGCUGCAAGAGAAUGGCUUCAAGCUGACUGCGAGCUGUGGCAGCGGUACCGCUGGAGGGGCUGCCGAGCUCAAACCAGGAGUGGACUCGGAAGAAAAUCGUUGGAACCACUACAACGAAUUUGUAUUCACGCGAGAGUAAUGGUGCGCUGUCUCAGAAUGUGAUAAUCAUCUGCUGUUGAACGGGGUGAGGCUUAAUAAUAUUUCAGUCGUUAGAAAAUGUUUAAAAGCAUUAUUUUUAUAAUGCAUCUCUCUUGUAUCCGGAGUUAGAAGUAUCUAAUGUAACGUUGAAGUUCUCGUGGGUCGUUCGCAAUAUUUGCGUAAACAGAUAAAGCUUACUGUAAACUUUUCUAGACAUUAUGAAAAUGGUUUCCUGACCAUCGCUCAUCUGAAUGGUCGCCAGUAACGAGAAUGAUAGAAUCGGCAAUAAGCCGUGAGUAAAUUGCAAAGUUCAAGUAAAUAAAUGUUUAAUUAUUAUGUAGAUAAAGAAACUUAAACUAUAAUCAUGUAACAAAUAGGUAGUGUUAAAUGUAAAAAUAUAAAAUAGUAGUUUAUAAUAACCUCCUCUAGGGCUAAUUUCGUGUACUGUGUACCUAUUUCUAUCAAGUUUUUCAGAUUAUUUUAUAUCGAUUUAUAAAUCAAUGUCUAAUGUAUUUUCAAAAUACUGCGUGGGCCAUCGAUUUUGAUAAAAUGAAACAUUUGCCAAAUUACGAUACGACCGUCAUGAAUGACGACGUGACAGUAGCUCUGAGUUACUCGGCUCGUUUGUUAAAUAUUUAAUUGUUCACUUCGGGGUACAUUGUACCGUGUGAUGUGUUGUGAUGGAUAAGUUUCCCUUCCUCGUCAUGUAGUUUUAAGUAAAUUGGAUUUCAAGUGUAGCAAGUAUUGGAAUUGUGCGCGAGUGAAAUGUACCUUAAAAAAAUAGUAUGUUAAUAGUUGAAAUAUUAUACAUCUCAAGAGAAUAUAAGAUUGUAGCGAGAGCGUAAAAUCUUGAAACUUUUAUAUAGAAACUUUAAGUGGUAAUUAUGAUUUUAUCGCGGAAUAAAAAUUAUAUCGGAAAUAUUGUCACGCGCACGGCUAACUUUAAUCUUUUACUGAAGUAUUCAUUUCUAUGUAAUCCCUGUUAACGUUUCAAUUUCCAUAUUUUCCUGCGGUCUUGAGUUUUCUAAUGUUGCUACGUCGAAUUUAAGCGAUCACAUCCAUAUCACUAGAAUACCUAUAUUAGAUAUUUUAAGCUGAACUUCCGAAAUAAUCUUCCCGCUUAAAUAUGUAGGUAGUCUAUAUACCGUAGCCAAAUACCUCAAUGGAUGAUGGGAUGACGGGUUGAAAACCAAUACAGAAUGUGCGUAUGUAUGAUAUUCUCGUUUGUAUCAAGAAAAUUAUAGAAGUGACGACAUAAAACAUGUAAGUCGUUGAUUAUGCGCUUAAUAAUAAUAAAUAAUAGAUAAGUAGUUGCCAUUAUUAUUAUUAUAUUAAAUAAAUAAACAGCUGAACGAAAUAUUGUGACUAAUAUUUUAGUCUUUCCAAAAUAUUCAGAUGCAUUUCGUUCAUUUUAAUUCAUCAUUUUCAGAAUAAAUGUUUCUCGUUUUGUAACUGUUUAUUAAUUAUGUGGCGUAUUAUUAUCAUUAAUACUUAAACAAUAUUUUUAAACUUUCUACUACAAAUUGUAUCUACUAUAUUCAUUAAAAUAUUAUUGUAAGUCAAGUUAUAUUUUAACCAGAAUCAAUAAACUUAUCUAAGUAGAGAUUAAUAUACCAAAAAAUAUGUUAGAAAUAUAUUUGUUUUGUUAUAUUAAUUAGUUACUGUGAGAUGAAAAAUAUAUUUAUUUGAACUUUAUGUAACGGAAACUUUAAGAAUCCGUUGUUAUUGUUAUCAAAAUAUUUUUUAUUUAUUUGUCUGGAGAAAAAACAGUGUUGGACCUGGACUCGGAAACUAUUGUAGGAUUUCUAAAAGAAUAGUUUUGAGAAUAAAUUUAGUUAAAAAAUGUA